AUGAUGUACGAAAAUUUUCGCCACACUCACGGCAGUGGAUCGGGAGCUGGUAAGAUGAUACAAAGAGUAGUUUGUCGAAUUUCAGUGUACAUUGUCAGACAAGAUCAUUUGUCUUCUACAUUAUGUAGUUAAUAACGUGGCUUUGUUUUGAAAGCUGCCUUGAGAGCAGUGUUAAUAAGGUAUACUGUCUGUGAUGAACUAGCCUGUACCAUGCGUUCAGAUUGCUGUGACGGCGCAAAGAGAUGACUUCGCGCCUUGUUCUACUAUCUGCACGCCUGGAAGGCUGAUCAUCAGAUAAGAAAAUCGCGUUAUUGACAGCGCACUGUUUGAAACGCCUCAUAACGGCGAAAGUUCAGUAUCAAGAAAACACUUUUUCAUGCUUUUGUUUUAAUACUUGUUGACGUAUCUUUGUCACCCUAAUGUGAUUAAAACGAAAAUGUAUUGACAAAUAGUAGCCAUCCAGCUUUUGAAGUCACUUGAAGCUCAGAGAAACUAUUUUCAAAUUUAUUGUUCAAAUCUGUGAUAGCUGAGACUACUGCUUGGUGCUGAUAAGCCUGCAAGAAAGCUUGGAUCACUGUCUUAUGGGAGGGUGUCAAGCAAUACCUUGGACCGAUACACUGUAGCAGCCAACUACAGUGUGCCUGUCAAGUCUUGUUUGAUACUCGACCGACACUCAUCAGGUACUUGUUCAACACUUGAGCAACACUCGAUUAACAUAGCAACCAAUAAGUUGAUCGACAGUCGACUUAGAUGUUGGCCAAUACAUUGGUCAACACAUGAUCUGAAAGCUUUACCUUCCAAGCUGAGUCCUUGAUGAACAGCUACAUUGUAACAAAAACAGAGUUUUAUUUCCAGAUUACCCUCCUCCAGAAAAAUAGCUAGUCAAUAUUUGCAGGGUUUUUUGCAGGGGCAGGUAUAGUGUAACUUUAAAGGUUGGAAAUGGGGUAAGGGUUCAAGUUACAUAAUGAUGUGAACUAUACAGAAUAAAGGACCAUUCGGGUCCACCUUGUUGGAAGGCACGGAAGAACAAGUGAUAUAGAAAGAGGGUUUUGUUGUUUAUUGGUAUGGCAAGUAGUUUAGCCUUUUGCUCACACCUGAGCAGCUCCAAAUUAAUAAUACACCAUCCAGUCAAGCUAUAAGCAGGAAUAACAAUCAAUUUGCUUACGUGUCAAAACUGUUCUCUUGAUCCCCAUUCAACUUUUCCCAAAGUAGUUAUUGUUGGGGUAGGCACUCAGCAUCCAUUUUUUACCAUGAAAGAAAAUUCUGAGGAAUUUGUGGCUAUAAGACCAUUUGAAGUUUGGGGUCAUGUGACCUAUUUCAUGCCAAAAUGGGAUAUAGCACUGAACCUACCAGACAUUGAAACAGCUUGAAACAAAUUUGAGAUCCUAAUUAAUUUUUUUAUGCUCUUUUUAUCUUCUGUAUAAUGUUUUGAGUAGUAUCCUUUAAUGUUUGUACUAAGCCAAUCACUUGACGAGGAGCCUCAAAGUAGUGUACCUAUUGUGAGGAUUUGGUCCUUGGUGCCCAGUUGUUCGAAGGCCAAGCGCUAAGCCAUGGUUGAAUUCUAACCCGGGCUUCUUUUCUUUUCAUCAAAAGCAUUUUCUCGGAUAGUUUUCUCUAUUCUUUUAAGAGUAGCCAAUCAUCAUUGAAAUUGAAGACGAAAAGAAUUAAACUAAAUUUGCUUUAAUUCUACAAUGGUGUAAGCUUUCAUCUUUGAAUUCAAAUUUCGCACUAACCCUGGGUUAUCUCAAAAAUGCUGUGAACGACCCGGCCCAGAAUGUUAACUUAAGGUGCAUCUAGUGACUGUAUGUAUUGGGUAUAUUUGCAUGUCAAGAAGGGGAGAAGUUGGCAAUUAAGGGAAAUGCAGUCAGUCACAUAGUAGUAGACCAGUUGACUACAUGGCUUUCAUUAGCAGCCUUGGACAGCGGUGCUUUUGCAUCAUUAGACCUUAUCAGUAAGUACAGCUUACAAGUUCCCUUUCAAGGCCCAAAAUACUUUUUAUGUUAUGUUUUCAGGGCCUAUUGAAAGNAUGGCAAGUAGUUUAGCCUUUUGCUCACACCUGAGCAGCUCCAAAUUAAUAAUACACCAUCCAGUCAAGCUAUAAGCAGGAAUAACAAUCAAUUUGCUUACGUGUCAAAACUGUUCUCUUGAUCCCCAUUCAACUUUUCCCAAAGUAGUUAUUGUUGGGGUAGGCACUCAGCAUCCAUUUUUUACCAUGAAAGAAAAUUCUGAGGAAUUUGUGGCUAUAAGACCAUUUGAAGUUUGGGGUCAUGUGACCUAUUUCAUGCCAAAAUGGGAUAUAGCACUGAACCUACCAGACAUUGAAACAGCUUGAAACAAAUUUGAGAUCCUAAUUAAUUUUUUUAUGCUCUUUUUAUCUUCUGUAUAAUGUUUUGAGUAGUAUCCUUUAAUGUUUGUACUAAGCCAAUCACUUGACGAGGAGCCUCAAAGUAGUGUACCUAUUGUGAGGAUUUGGUCCUUGGUGCCCAGUUGUUCGAAGGCCAAGCGCUAAGCCAUGGUUGAAUUCUAACCCGGGCUUCUUUUCUUUUCAUCAAAAGCAUUUUCUCGGAUAGUUUUCUCUAUUCUUUGAAGAGUAGCCAAUCAUCAUUGAAAUUGAAGACAAAAAGAAUUAAACUAAAUUUGCUUUAAUUCUACAAUGGUGUAAGCUUUCAUCUCUGAAUUCAAAUUUCGCACUAACCCUGGGUUAUCUCAAAAAUGCUGUGAACGACCCGGCCCAGAAUGUUAACUUAAGGUGCAUCUAGUGACUGUAUGUAUUGGGUAUAUUUGCAUGUCAAGAAGGGGAGAAGUUGGCAAUUAAGGGAAAUGCAGUCAGUCACAUAGUAGUAGACCAGUUGACUACAUGGCUUUCAUUAGCAGCCUUGGACAGCGGUGCUUUUGCAUCAUUAGACCUUAUCAGUAAGUACAGCUUACAAGUUCCCUUUCAAGGCCCAAAAUACUUUUUAUGUUAUGUUUUCAGGGCCUAUUGAAAGUUCAGCCAGGAAUCAUCAAGCAGUCAUUCCUGCAUCCAAGAAACACAAAAAUGGAAAUGGGACAUCACCAUAUGAAUCCACUGCACCAUCCAAAAGUGAACGACUGAACUCACCCAACACAAGCAAAUGGGAACCAGAUGUACGCAUGCUUUUGUCAACAUCUCAAUGGCUUAAGGUACAUAUUGCAUGUGUAACAAAUAAUCAAGAUGAUAAAGGUGUGUUCAAGUACAUUAUAAUCGGUCCUGACAGUCUUGAGUUUCCUGCAGCCUUCAGUGAUACUUAUUAUAAUUAAGAUGUAUUGUCCCCAGAUAUUUAGCAGUAAUAUUAUUGAAUGAGGCUGAGUUAAGGGUGUGAAGAAUUGUAAAUGCACAUUGAGGUAGGCUGUUAGCCUAAACGAGUUGAUCGUUUGUAUACAUUGUUGCAGUAACAUUAUUUUAUACCAUCAAAUCCAUAGUAUAUAUUACUUGCAUUUUUCAAAAUAAUAUGGUUAGCACCAGUUGGUUGUGAAGAAUAAGCCAGGGAAUUGGAGCCAAUCGCAAACGGCAGAAUAUUUUGAAUGAUUAUUAUAAUAUACUUAUUGUUAAAUGUACCAGUCCCAGUGGAAUGUUUACUUUCAAAUACAUGCGUAUGCUGCUGAGCUUUUCAUGUUGAAGGUUACAUAAUCAUCCAGGCAGUUUUUAACAAAGGAGUCAGCCUGAAAUCUAGCAUAGUCUCUUUUAUACAUGUAUGCCUCGUACACUCAAUAAUUACUCACUUCAAUUUGGACAUAAUUCUCACUAAAAUGCAGCAAGGCUAUCUUUUUCUUACAGAUACAUGGCCUUAAAAGACAUAAACUUGACAUGGGACAGAUAUUGCCCUCCAUAGGGUUUAGACAUUCUGAUGGUAAGAUGAAAUAAUUCAACAAUAAAUAAUUAUUCCGAUGAGUAUUUCAACAAUAUUUUUUUAUGAAAGUGGAAAUUAAUGAUCCUUACAGUUGAAUAAACAACCUACAGCUGUAAGCGGUUGAAAAGAAGCUGAAAAAAUUCAUGCUUGACUGGUAUUGAACCUUGACCUCAGUGAUGACCAGACACAACACUCUAUCCAUUAAGCUAAUCAAGUCACUGGAGAGCAGGCCACUGUGAGUUCAUCAUAUACCCAAUGGUGGAAAUGACACGAAAAUAAUAUGUCAUUAUUUUUAUAUAUUUCCUUUCAAAUACUUUUUUUUAACAAUUGUCUGUUAAGAACCCUGUGUGAUAAAGAAUUUGGCGUUGAAUUCUGGUUGGAGUAAUUUAUAGGUACAAACUCUGUAUUUGCAUGAUUCCUCCUUUGCAGAUUAUGUUAGGCCACUGAAGAAACCUGUGCGUGCGCGAUACUGCAAGGGAUUAUUCACCCAGGUUCCCUUUAGAGACGGCACUAUCUACAAUGUAAGUACACAUUACACAUGACUUUAUAAUAUGUACUAAGUUACUGGUCAUCAAAAUUACGUGACUCUCAUUCACAUCAUUUAUGGCUUUUUAACAGCUUGUUGCCAGCAAGGAAAAACUUCGCAUGAUUGAAAGCCAACUCACCCAGGCCAUAUCACUUUACAAGCGGCGACUUGAGUGGCUUACUUCUGAGAGGUAAUGAGUUCUAAAAGAUUUAUAGUUAUAUACACGUGAUUGUCAAUACAGUUAUUUGAAUUGAACUUGUGAAGUCAUCUCCUGGUCUUUGACUGAUUAAAAUCUUUUUUUCUUAUAGUCGACGAAUUUUUGGAGUGAUCGAGGAGAGGUGUAUCUCCAUUGUACUGGAUGUGAACACAGAAAGUGAAUCUGAGUUCAGUACUUACCUUCAUGCACUGAUCCAAGUACUCAAGGAACAAGUCAUGUUUAUUGCAAAGUUUAACCUCAUUAGGUAAAUUUAACACUACACGUACUAGUAGUACUGUAAUAAUAUUGUGAAAAAAACAAACUGCAUUAUGCAGUGGUCAAAAUGUGCCUGCCUUGUCAAUCAUAUUUAACAGAUCAGCUUAAUAACAGUGUGCAAAGAAAGUCGUAUCCGAUAGCCUGGGGCUAGUGGAUUUUGAUAUCGGGCUAGUGAUNGUGAAGUCAUCUCCUGGUCUUUGACUGAUUAAAAUCUUUUUUUCUUAUAGUCGACGAAUUUUUGGAGUGAUCGAGGAGAGGUGUAUCUCCAUUGUACUGGAUGUGAACACAGAAAGUGAAUCUGAGUUCAGUACUUACCUUCAUGCACUGAUCCAAGUACUCAAGGAACAAGUCAUGUUUAUUGCAAAGUUUAACCUCAUUAGGUAAAUUUAACACUACACGUACUAGUAGUACUGUAAUAAUAUUGUGAAAAAAACAAACUGCAUUAUGCAGUGGUCAAAAUGUGCCUGCCUUGUCAAUCAUAUUUAACAGAUCAGCUUAAUAACAGUGUGCAAAGAAAGUCGUAUCCGAUAGCCUGGGGCUAGUGGAUUUUGAUAUCGGGCUAGUGAUUUUUGUUCUUAACUUGCCCAAUGGGCAAGUGCUGUUUUUUUGGGAAAUUCAAAUUACAGGAUUGUAAUCAAUCCUGCUAAUUCAAAAGGGUUUUGGGGCUAGUUGAAAUGACUCGUGGGCUAGUACAUGCUAGCUACAGCUUGCCCGAAUGGCAGGCUGUAAAACUCACUUUCUUUGCACCCUGAAUAAGCUGAACAUGAAGCCACGAAAUAUAAUAUAUAAAUAUAACUUGAUCAAAUGAAUUAUAAAUAACAGAUGUGCCAUGGAUGCCCAAUGCUGGCAGGAUCAUGCUGUCAAUGUGACUCUGGACAGUAUGGAGGGUGCCCUUAACUGGAUCUGGGACCUGAACAAAAUAGUACCACGUUCCGCGACAGCUACUGUGGAAGGGAUAAUCAAGGCACUUGCUGAUCAGCAUGUAAGUAUUAUAAUCUUCCCCUCCUUACCUUUGGUAAGUGUAUUGUAAGUAUGUUAAGGACUUCCACUGGUUAGUAGUAUGAUGGUGUCGCGGUGAAUACACUUACAGGGUCCAGGGUUGUUAUGCCCUGCACAUAACUCUACAUAGUUGUUAAAGGAAUGUCCAUUCUCUAUCGACUUGCCUCUCAUCUCUGUUUCCUAGAUUGAAGCUGUGUACCUGUAUACUGAGGGAAGUGCUUCAGAUGAAUCUCAAGAAAUGCUCAAGAGGAAGGUGUGCCCUUACUUUAACCCAAUUUUGUAACAUUUUAAAACUAUUUGAGCAACACUUUUUUUUCCUCACAGAUACAAGGAUCCCGUGUACCAAUUCAUGUAGUAUCUCUCAACUGCAAUAAUCCAGCAACCAUGACUUUCCUGAAGGACAUAUCAAGGAUAACUAAAGGGAGGUAGGUGACCAACAAAGGUGCUGCCACCAGUUGUAAUCCCUGAUGUGUUCAGCUCUUUGUAUUAAAUGACACUAAAUCUACAGUAUCCUCAAAGUUAGCUUAACUAGUUACUUCUUUCUAAAGCCUUCGCAAACUGGUUUGGGCAGAGCACAAGGAGGAUAUAUAGCUGCCUUUCUACACCAGCAAAAUAUUUCCCAAGGAGACUGAAGACACUUACAGGCAGUCCAUCUCUUUCUGUAUACUUACAGUUGUUCUAUAGUUGAAAUAUAGUUAAGGCCACUGAAGUUUAUUUCAACAAACAGAUCACCUUGUGCACAUCAUAUAACUUCCUUUAUUCCUUUUACUUAGUUUGUAUAUAUCUUUCAAGGAAAAUCCAUUUAUCACAUCAUGUUGUGAUAUUGACUCUUUCACUUUCAUGUGUCUUUUAGUCACUAGUCUUGAGUCGAGCUUUAACGCUGACUAUGCCAGCGGUUACGCUGAUUGUAAAAGAGGAACCGCUGACUUUUCAGACCAAAAGUCGCCACUUUGGCGACCAGAUUUCUUUAUGAUUUAGAUUUAAAUUAAAAGUGUAGAGUUAAAACAUUUACAUUUCAUCUUAUCUUGCUUUGCUUUCGUUAUAAAAAGUGUGCCAAAUCGCAUAAACAAAGCCAGUUUAAUUUCGAGCCCUUCGCGUGCUUGCUGUCCACUAUUACAGGAUAAUUGUCUCCAUUAUCUCACUACUACAGCUACCGUGUUGCAUUUCCUGAGACAACAGUCAACAUUUUGUAACAGCACCUUUGGUUUCCCCCAAAAUUGAUGUCUGAGGAACGAGCUCAGAAACUCCAUACCGAUGACUUGUCACCACCCUCAUCUGGGUAGUAGCACUCCGUCAUUAUACAAUAUCUAUGUUAAUUCCUCAGACUUCAUUUCGCAGGGAAAACAGUGGUAACGUACCAAAAUGUCGGCUUUUCUCUCAGGCUGCAGCUAACAUUAAGUCAUUGAAAUUCCUGAACUGAAUGAAUGUGUGCCCAAUUCCAGAUUCCACGCUUAUUCCGUUCCAACUGAAUAUGAAGACAGUUUUGAUAGCUUCACCCAAUCCAUGGAAGUUGAUAGUGCUAAUCAGCCCACUGGGCGUGGCAGGGGUGAUGGAAUGCCGUCGUUGCGCCUUGGUGUGGGUGUAAGAGAAGACGUGAUCACUUUAUGGGAGGAACUGGAUGAAGCAAGAAACACACUAGCUGAAAUUCAAGCUCUGUUGUGUGAAAUAAAAGAUCCCAGAGAAACCCCAAGUAAGAUUUGUUCAUGUUGGUACGUUUUAUAUUGAGGGAGUUACAAGAUAAGUGGAAUUUAUUUUUAUAUGGCAUGAAAUUUCUGGGGAUAAAAUUUUCCGAAAUUUAGCAGGUUUUCAGCUAUUCACAAGAAUUAGGUGUCGUGCAAUUUAAACUCUCGAUUUCCCAAAAGUCCGCAAACAUUUACUUCUUUUUUACAUUGCUCACUGAUCAAUGUAACUGAGCCCAAAGUACAAAACUUGCGAUCUUUUAUUUAUAAUUUAUAACGUAACUAAGGUUUGGUAAAUUUGAUGGCAAGAAAAAUGGCUUCCUUCCGCUUGUGGACUGCGAGAACGAUAUAGACUGACUAAGAAUACAAGAUGGAAAAUAAAAGAAUAACAAGAAAAUAAUAAUCAUCAUAAUUGGCUAAUAAUCCUACAAAUUAAAAGAAAACUCCCUCAAUGGUUUUUCAAGUAUGGUGCCUAAAAUAUUGGACAGGAAUUGACCGUAACCGAUAAACUGUAAGUGAAAAAUGUAUUCCCUUCAUUGUGACCUAAAAUUGAAUUUAACAGUAAUUUUUUUCCGCAAAACGCAAAGAUUUGCCAACUGAGUUCCCGGUGAAAAUUCUUGGAUCAGUAAAUACCAGUAGGUUAUUAUGGCAAUAUGUAACUGUUGCUGUUUGAUGUUGUUUCUAUGCCACUACCCGCAGUAAACCUGUGCAUUAGUAAGACUGUGUGGAUUAAAGUUUCACGCUCAAAGGAAACGUCGCCGCAGUGUAAUUCCUCCUCCAGCCAACUUUCAGAUUGAAAUCUGAUGCUUGAAUCUACCACUAAGGCAAUGUAUCCCUCCGGCAUUCUCUUCGGCAUAAACUGUUGAACAAGUAGGAAAAAAAUUGUACAUCUGUAGUUGCUUUGUUGUGAUUAGAAGUGAUGUAAUUUUCUGAUCAUAAUUAUGUGUUUGGUAUUGCAGUAUCUACUUCUCCAAGUACCGUCCCAGAG